AUGGAUGAGGCUUAUAAGAUGAAGUCUGAUUGGUAUCAUCAUGGAGAAUUGAAAUCAUGGGUUGAAGAUGAAAUGAAACCGAGUCAAUGGAAUGAUGAGAUCUAUGGGUUAUUUCAAACUGCUGAGUUUAUAUAUGAAGAAUUUGCUACUAAGGCUGACUUGCGUGAAAUUGCAGAGGGUGAGGACAGGAAAGAAGAUGAGUUCCUCGAAAAGCUUGCAGAUGCUGAAACACCAUUGUAUCUAAGUUGUGUGAGCCAUAGUAAGCUGUCGGCUAUUGUACUACUGUUUGGACUCAAGACACAGAAUGACUGGUCUGACAAAAGCUUCACCGAUCUGCUAGAGACAUUGCCAAAGAUGUUACCGGAAGAUAAUGUGCUACAUACUUUAUUUUACGAGGUGAAGAAAUUUCUGAAAUCCUUUGACAUGGGUUAUGAGAAGAUACAUGCAUGUAUCAAUGAUUGUUGCCUAUUUAGAAAGAAGUAUAAGAAGCUAGAGAAAUGUCCUAAGUGUAAGGCUUCUAGAUGGAAGACUAACAUGCACGAUGGUGAGGAGAAGAAAGGUGUCCCACAGAAAGUGUUACGGUAUUUUCCAAUAAUCCCAAGACUGAAGAGAAUGUUUAGGACUGAGGAAAUGGCUAAGGAUUUAAGGUGGCACUACAGUAACAUGAGCGACGAUGGUAAACUACGUCACCAUGUCGACUCAGUCACAUGGAAUCAGAUGAACGAUAAAUAUCCUGCCUUUGCAGCUGAAGAAAGAAACGUUCGGCUUGGACUGUCUACGGAUGGAUUUAAUCCAUUCAACAUAAAAAAUACUAGGUAUAGUUGUUGGCCAGUUUUGUUAGUGAACUAUAAUUUGCCGCCUGACUUAUGCAUGAAAAUGGAGAACAUCAUGCUUACGUUUUUAAUUCCUGGACCGAAACAGCCUGGUAACAGUCUUGAUGUCUACUUAGAACCUCUAAUGAGGAUCUAG